ACCGCCGUGGUAGACGCGCGUGUAAGAAAUUCAAGUUAUAUUAUUGAACACGUGUUAAAAUGAGCAUCACCGUAUGAUUUUAAUUGUGAUUCUAUAAUGGAGGUUUCGAGUGAUAAAAUAGCCAGUGGAAGGAGUGAGAAGACAAAUGAAGCAUUCUUUGAAGAUGCCUUUGAAGUUGUUGGUCAUGGCCGUUUCAACUACAUAGUACUACUUACAUGCGGCCUCAUUAUGCUGAACGUGUCCAUGGAGUCUGUCGGCAUGAGCUACGCUAUCACCGCUGCUGAAUGUGAACUCAACCUCACCAGUGAACACAAGGGAUUGGUCAAUGCAGCUGCUUUUAUUGGUAUAAUAAGCACGUCGUUCCUAUGGGGUUACUUCGGAGACAGGGUGGGCAGAAGAGCAGUAAUGCUGCCAGCUUUGUUGGCAUCAGCUGUCUUCUCAGUGGCAUCCUCCUUCGCCGUUGAUGUGUGGAUGCUAAUGUUCCUUCGAAUGCUGACUGGAUGUCUCGUGUCAGCUUCCAGUGCUACAGUAUACGCGUAUUUAGGAGAAAUGCACAUGAAUUCAAGAAGAGCGUCCGCCAUAGCCUGGGGUUCGGUCUUCAUUUCGUUCUCCUUCAUCACAUUACCAGGUCUCGCCUGGCUGAUAAUUCCUGGCAAGUGGUCUUUCGCACUGUUCAGCUUCACAGUGGUACCGUGGAGGGCAUUCGUCUGGUCUUGGUGUGCCCCUGGACUGGUGGCGGCUCUUCUUCUGCUGUUCCUACCUGAAAGUCCUCGGUAUCUGCUGUCAGCGAAAGGGCCUGAUGCAGCCCUGCCUGUUUUGGCCAAGAUGUAUUCGUGGAACCAUAGAGCUUCGGCUGAUCAGUUUCCUGUAGACAAAAUUAUCUUAACCAAUAUGGACAGCGAGAAACCAGCUGGGUUCGCGGGAGCCAUCAAGAACAUAGGGUUGAUGUUCAGACCACCUCUUCUGAGAUGUGUGUUCAUCUCUCAUAUAUCCAUGUUCUCUGUGUUUAUGCUAUCUAGCGGAUUGUACGUGUGGGUACCGGAACUUCUAAACAAUAUUUUGAAGAAUACCAGCGAGAAAAGCAUAACUAUUUGUGAAAUCAUUAUGGAGAAAUUAAAAAAGACUGAAGUUUCGUCUUGUACAGUAGAAGUUUCAAUUGGUGUGUUCCCCAUCUCCAUGGCUAUGGGAGCGGUGUUCGCUCUUACUUACCUGGCUAUUGGCAUGUUCAUCAACAAGAUUGGAAAGAAGAGAUUAUACUGUGGUAUAAUGAUAAUAUGUGGUGUAGCAACGAUGGGUGCCGCGUUUGUCCCACAAGGGGGAGCUGCUACAGCUCUGCUCAUUUUAGCGCUGUGUUCAGGAUGCGCUGCUUCUAUUUUAGCUGCUAUUGCAGUCGAUGUAUUUCCAACUUGUCUAAGAGCUAUGGCGAUGUGUUUGAUGUACAUGGUGGGGCGGACGGGCGCCGCGGUGGGGUCCUACCUCCUCGGAGCCACCAUGAACACCCACUGUUUGGCAGCCUUCAUCGUAUUCGGAUCCAUUACUAUGGGUUCAACAAUAUUGAUGCUGUUCUGGCCAAAGCCUGAAGAAGUCAGAGACAAGUUGGAGCAGAGAGGGUUAACUUAUUAACAAGCGAUUUGUUAGAGUAUAGAACCAAACAUUGCAAUUUGAAGUUUAUUAAUUUACCUUCAUUUAAGCAACGGGCCAGCAACCUGUCACUAUUUGAAUCUCAAUUCUAUCAUAAAGCCAAACAGCUGAACGUGGCCUUUUAGUUUUUCAAGACUGUUUGGCUAUGUCUACCCCGCAAGGGAUAUAGACGUGAUUAUGUAUGUAUGUAUGUAUGAAAUUUAUUCAUGUUCUUGAGGUUACUAUUUAGUUCAAUAGUACACUCAUUCUAAAAGAUUUGAUGUAGACUUGAGUGUACAAAAAUGUGUUGUUUUGUAUGAUAGAUAUUUAGAAAAGUUAAGUUUAAAAAUUGCAUUAAAAGUAAUUUAUUAUUAUUGAAUAAAAAUAUAUAUAUAUACUUAAUGAAGAGAAUGUUCAAUGUUCAUUUAGGAUUUAUGAAAUUGAAAAAUAGAAAAAAAAUCAACAGCUUUCAACUUACAUGACAAUAAUUAGGUAAAUUAUUAAUAAAUGAAGACUGUUAAAAUUCAGUUUCAAUAUUAUAUUAGUCUCUGAAAAUAAAAAAUAAUUAAGGGUUGCACAGAUUGUCUGUCAAAAUGUUGGUCGAAUAUAUUGUAAUUAAUUUAAAUUAAUCUUUUAAUGUUAUGUAAGUACUCUAAUUGAUAAAUAACUAAGUAUAAGAAACUCCCAAGUGCCUUAAAGUUAAUUAUGCAUAAGGCCCUUAUGCAUAAAAAGCGGAAUACUUUAUUAUAUUAUUCCAAUUUAUGCCCCUUUCGUUGUAACGUAUGCGAUAAAUGGCGUAAAAUUAAAUCACAAAUUUAGCGGGAAUCACAGAUAUAGAUCUAGAAAGAUACUGCCAAUUUACUCAAUACGGAAACAGAGCGUGUCUUUUUUUCUUUUUCUACUUAUCUGUAAAAAUAACCAAAAACUUAUGGUCGAAAUAACAUCGUUUUUGACAAAAUUAAAUAAAAAAUAUGUAAAAAUAUGUCGUCAGUGGUCAUUGUGCAGAUAGCGAAAUAACUGUUAUUAUAUUUUAUUUUUGAAAAAAAAAAUUAGUUGGGCGCUGAUUUUGGCAAAUCAUCCUCGAAUUAAUUUGCGGUGUCUAUAUAGAUCUAUGUCUGUCAAAAUAUCCUUGUAAGUAAGUCAAGACUGACCUAAUAAUUUAUACACUCGAAUGUAUUGUGAUUAAUUUUAUAUUAUGAAUAAUUUAUGUU